ACGCGUUCUAAACACCCAAUACAUACUCACCUCUCAACUAUUCGCGAGCAGCCCGGUCACACGAGGUGCACAGCAUUUUCAACCAACGUACUUCUUCCAACUACACAGAGCGGACUGAUACAAUAUGGCACCCUCCAAAGAAAGUAUAAAAGCUCUAGAAAAGCUCUCACUCGAGGACCCUAUUCCAUGCUGCGAACCGACAACAAAGCCACCCCUCGCUACCUUCGAUCGCAUGAUGAAAGUCAUGGUUGGCGCGGGCUGCGUACAGAAGGAAUACCACAUACACCGCGGUCUACUGUGCUUCCACUCUGCUUACUUCAAGAAACUUCUCGACGGCCCUUUCGAGGAGGGAGGUUCCGAUUCCCACACCUUGUCAGAUGUCUCCAUCAAUACCUUCGAAAGGUUCUACUACUGGUUGUACACUGGUGUCGUCACGGACGGCACUGGCGUUUCAGAUGCCAAUCUGGGCUGGGCGGAUAUUAUCAACUUAUAUGUAUUCGCGGAUUUCCACAUGGUUCAAGCGUUAAAGAACAGAGCCGUGGAGCUAUUCUUCUUGCACAUGGCUCAGGUGUGGGGAGUCAAUGCGCAGUGCUCGAGUCUUAUGUAUGCGGGCACUACGCAAACCUCGAUGCUUAGAAAACUGCACAUCGAUAUACUACUCGACACGUAUGCUUUUGGCGACUCCAGCUGGAAAGACCCGGGACAAGAAUUCCCAAAUGAAUUUCUCAUGGAUUUGAUCGACGCGUGUCGAACCAAAGAGUUAGUGCCAGGAAGCACUUCUGUCCUGAAGACGAAGGGGAAGACGGUUUGGAUCAAGGAAAUGAAGCGGGACUUCUGCGCGAAGUAUCACGACCACCGCAAAGUGGACACUUACUCCGCUGCGAAGUCUACGCGACGGCGGCACUCACUCGUCGGACAAAACCACGUGCACCGGUUGUCUAGCAACAGGCCACACCCAACAGGAAUGCCCCUACCGUCAGACUACGUGCUGGAACUGCCAAAAGCAAGGCCACAUGUUCCGCAACUGCGCCGAAUCCAAGUGGAGCAAGAUCACAUGCAACAAGUGCGGCGAAAUGGGUCUCACGAUCAAGCGGUGUCCCGAGUCUCCCAGCGAUAGCGAGACGUUCUGGGAACAUCGGGCUGGACGUGAGUCUGUGGGUCGUGGCGGAAUGGGAGAUGG